GGGAAGAGGAGUGUAGGAUUCCAGUAUAGUGCAACGAAGUUCCUUUCACGGCGCGGUCGUGAAAGGUAUAGUGAGAAAACGGUUAACUUCAACUUUUUUCAACUGCUAUGUAGUGACAUUAGCCUGAAGAUCCUAUUACUUUUAAAAGUGGACUCAUUGAACAAGGCUGAGAUAACCGGAACUGGAUACAUCUCAAGAUGUUACUGCACUCGCACUUUUGCACCCUCGCGUCUCUCAUCAUACUGUCUCAACAUUUCUUAGUGUCGGGGCUUCAACAACAGCCGCCUGCAGCGGGGGUGGCACAAGGGGCACAGGGGGCCCCGCUUGCCCAAAGGAGGAUUCCGCGGAUAACCACCGGCAUAGAGACGAACCCUUGCAGGGACAACCCUCCGUCGCGAGACGACCAUGAGGCUUGCCAGAGGUUCUGUAACCAAACCUACGGCACAGAUCCGGGCUACCACAAUAACCCUUGGACGAUCGGCAGGUGCAAAGCGAGAGGCAAAUGCAAAUGCACGUUCAACUUCGAGGCCUACGGACACUGGCUCGGGUGUUGGGAUACGAUGUUCACAAGCAAUCCGCGUUCGCUCCAGAGGCUCGUCAACGAUCGCUAUCGCAGACAGACAAGGAGUAGCUCAGUCGUCAGGGGUUUGUGAGCAAAGAGAAGACAAGGAGCAGGAGAUGGUAGCAAUGGUGGGGAUUCAUAAAAAUAUAUUUAGGGAAGCGGUGGUCUUAUCACGGUAUUUUGGAACUUUCGUCAGCGCAAAUUUGUACAAUUUUACACUGAAAA